GCAGAACUGAUAGUGACUUGGCCACGUCUGUAAGGUUUUUUAUGAUAUGAAAAUUAAGUAUCUCCUUUACAUGUUUAAUCGAAAGAUUGAAUUAUGGCACGCGGACUGUAUUCGAUCGCUAAAACAGCACCAAAUUUGUCAGUGAUUUCGGCUUUAGACAUUCCAAACCUUCAGACUAGUCUUAGCCAACGCAUCGCGAUUAAUGUUAGCGGUAUGAUAUUUGAAACCCGACUGCAGACGCUGGAACGAUUCCCCGAAACCUUGCUGGGCAACCGCAUCCGCCGGCAACAAUUCUACGACAAGUCCACUAACGAAUACUUUUUCGAGCGCGACCGCUCUUCAUUUGAAGCCAUCCUGAGCUUCUACCGCAGCGGUGGCCAACUGACCCGGCCAGCGAAUGUAUCCUUCGUGACCUUUCUGGAAGAAAUCCAGUUCUUUGAUCUCGGCACCGCUGCACUACAUCAGCUAUUCAAACAAGAACAUUUGUUUGGACAUCGCCACCGGAAACAGCCCUCAGGAAACAUACAGCGCCGGCUCUGGUUGGUGGUCGAACAUCCCAGCAGCUCAAGAUUGGCGUUCUUCUACAACAUAUGGAAUGUUUUUGUUGUGCUGGUAUCCGUGACGGCGCUGUGUGUGCAAACGUUGCCAUCAACACAUACCAAUGUCACCGUUAAUGUUUCCGGUGAGUAUGUUCAUCUGCGUGCCGACGAGGCAGGAUGGUCGCAUGUACCGGAAGCUCGAAUCUUUUUCGCUGUAGAGACGCUGUGCAUUAUUUGGUUCUGCUUGGACCUACUAUUUCGGUUCUUACUAUCCCCGGAAAAGUUGACCUUUUUCCUCCAGUUACGAAACGGAUUCGAUUUAUUCAUUGUGUCACCAUACUUCCUCAACUUGUUGCUAUAUACGAUUGCUUCACGCGGCCUAAUUAGCGCUGCCGUUGCGCAUAUUCUGUUCCGAGCGGUGCGGGUCAUUCGUGUACUGCGGUUAUUAAAAAUUGCCGGUCAGAUCCGAGGAAUGCAAGUGCUAGUUUACACGAUUAGAGCGUCGACUGGAGAACUACUGCUGUUAGCUUUACUAGUUACCGUUUUCGUGGUGAUCUUUGCCACGGCCAUUUACUAUGCGGAAUCCGACUUACCAGGAUCGCCGUUUCGGCAUAUCCCGGGGUCGUUCUACUGGGCGAUAAUUACCAUGACCACGGUGGGUUAUGGAGACGAGGUGGCAUUUAGCUCUUUUGGUCAGGUGGUAUCCUGUUUAUGUGGACUAACCGGCAUGUUAGUGUUUGCACUAUGUGUUCCAGCGGUGGCCCGCACAUUUGAGGAAGUUCGUGAAAGAAUGCAGAAGGAAAAGGAAAUUGAGAGGAUUUUAAACCGCGAAAACGAGGUAGUGGAUGCAAAUGCACAGGACAAGAAAGCGGGUUCCCGAACCCGGCUAUCGGGUCGAACGAAAAGGGAAUUAACCGAACCGUUGCUCAGCGGAGAGCAUCAUAUUCCAGCGCCCAGACAUCACCAUUUAACAGACAGAAAAGCUUCUAAAUCGUCGAAAUCCUACAGAAAAUUUUGAGUCAGAUGACUCAGCCUUUUAGUAUUCAAGUACGGUGUUUAAUAAGUUAUAUGAAGUAGUUGUGUUUGCUCUAAAAUGGCACAAGCUUCUGAUUAAUGUACAGUGCCC